UGUGACUUUGUAUUCUAGUUUACAGCUAUUUGGUGCUAAGUUUUGUCUUGGGCUUCUUGACAAUUGAUAUAUAGGCCAGUAAAGCAACUCAAUUGGCUUUGAAGGAUAACAAACAGUUGAUGGAGAUCGAGUUUCCUACUGCUGGACUUGACUCUGUACCAGGGGACGGUGAAGGAGGAAUAGAAAUGACUGGAAGUAUACAGCUCAUUCGAGAAUUUUGUGACAUCUUAAUAUCUCCAGAGAAAGCCACGCGGACCAGAAUAUUUUUUCUUGAGGCCAAUGAAGUUGAAUUUGCAAGGAAAUCAGCAUUCGAAGGAGCAUCCUUCAAGUUGGACUAUCUGACUAAGCCAUCGUUUUUCGAGGAUUUUGGUUUUACUGAGAAAGUGAAAAUGUCGGACCGUGUGAAGCCAGAAGAUGAACUAUUCUUGGCUGCAUAUCCAUAUUUUAAUGUCUCCGGUAAGUCCAAGUAUCCCUUCUUAUCAUUGUUAGGAAAAGUUGAAUGCUGCAGAAACACAUAUUAAGAGUAUGGUAUGUGAUUAUAACCAAGAAAUUUGACGUGUGUGUGU